AUGGAUCAGAAAGCUUUGGAGGAUUACGUCAACCUUCCUGACCUUCAUUAUAGCUAUACCCUUGUGUCUAAAGAGGAGCACCAUGACUCCACUGUCUAUUCCCUCAAUAUGACCUCAGUGAAGUGGUUGGAUGAUUCUGAAGUGGAUAAAACAAUCUGGUGGCAUAUGGUGACCAUUGCUGUGCCCAAAGUAUAUAAGAAUGCACAGAUGAAGAAGUCAUGUUUCCUUUUGCUUGCUAGUGGAAGAAAUGACGAUUCAGAAGAACCUGCUGAAUACUCUGCUGAUCAGAUUAGAACUCUAGCAGUCACAACUGGAUCAUAUAGAGAAUAUGAGAAACUGGAAAAAUACCAGGGCCUGAAGGAGGAACUGGGGAUGAUGUGGAAUAAACAUCCUUUUGGGAUGAAGAAUAUAACAGAAAAUAGUGUGUUUGCAUAUGUUUUGUGGAGAUUUAUUAAUGAUCCAACCAGUUCACUGGACUGGAUCAUCCAAUUCCCAAUGGUCAAGGCCACUGUGCGAGCCAUGGACACAGUUACAGAUUUCUUGCUGAAACAGACUUGUGAAGACGUACAAAUCACCGAAUUUAUGCUAGUAGGCUCAUCCAAGCGUGGAUGGAUUGCUUGGCUGACUGCAGCCAUUGACAAGCGCGUGGUGUCAUUUGUCUCAGUCGUUAUGGACGUCCUGAAUUUGGUUGAGAAUUUACAUCACCAGUACAGAUCAUAUUGUGGCUGGAGUUUCGCACUGGCACCUUUCUACUACAUCAAUAUUACUCAACAGAUCGAUCAUCCCCGUUUUGAACUUAUUGCUUCGAAUAUCGACCCUUUGAAAUAUAAUGAGCAUUAUGUCAACAAAGCAAAGUAUCUAAUUGUGGCAUCAGGAGAUGAAAUGGGCCAGCCUGACAAUUCUUAUUAUUAUUUUAAUCAGCUAACAGGAAAGAAAUAUCUCCGGAUCAUCCCAAAUAUGAACCAUGCCUUAGCUUUCUAUGGAGAGAGUAUCAGAAUUCCAAUCACCACUUUUUACCUUAUCACCAUGCAGAAUCAACAGCAUCCCCAGGUCCAUUGGAACAGGACUGUGAAAAAUACUGGAGGAGCUAUUUACUUUUCCACAGACCAGGAGCCUUCAUUGAUCUAUGCUUACUAUGCUAACACUAACGAUGAAACAAGGAGAGAUUUCCGGAUGCACGUGUUAUCUGGACAAGAAGCUAAAAGGAAUCCUAUUAAAUGGAAUCGUGCUAAGGUGAAGAAAGUGAGCACAAAUGUUUAUAAGAAAGAAAUGAAAAACCCAGACAAAGGAUGGACAGGAUUCUUCAUUGAGGCUACAUAUGCCGGCUUUGGGGAUUCAAGUGAAAAAUUAAUAAUAACAUCCGAGCUUCACAUAAUCCCAGAAACCUUUCCAUGUGAGGACUGUGUUGGAGAAGGGUGCUACAGCAAACUUGUCUGA